AGAUCAAUAUGAAUAAGGUAGCAUUGUUGUGAUGUGAUGUGAUGUUUCACAGACUAUGGUGCUCUAGUCAAUGGCUGCCAAUGUGGAAAGCAAGAGGUUUUAUUUUUAUCAAGCAAUACAUCAGUUCAGUGAAACCACUGAGUGCUACUGUGUUUCUGCCUCGAAACCAAAGGAAGAAAUGGAUGAAAAUAUGUGCCUUUCUUACUGUUCCAACUUUAAUUGGGACGUCUCUGUUUGUCACCAGUCCUCAUCUUCAAAGGAGGUGGAAGUCAAAUUUGGAUGCUGGAUUCCGGUUUCUCAGGUCAUGCAAGAUUGGAGUUGGAAUUUCCUUGGACUAUCAUCUCUCCUUAUGGAGAAUGUCUGAGGAUUCACCAGCAUAUGAGAAAGCCAUCAAAGCUGUACACCUGAGGUCAGCUAAAAAACUGGUGGAAGGAUGCAUGAAAAAUGGAGGGAUUUACAUAAAAUUGGGCCAAGGACUUGCAAUGCUGAAUCAUAUCUUUCCAGAGGAAUAUGUGGAAACAUUGAAGGUCUUGCAAGAUAAGUGUCUCAUCAGACAGCCAGGUGAGGUGAAGGCUCUUUUCUUAGAAGACUUUGGAAAACUCCCGGAGGACAUUUUUCUAGAGUUUCAUGAAAAACCUAUUGCUGCUGCAAGUUUAGCACAGGUCUUCUAUGCAAAAACAAUGGAAGGAAAGGAAGUUGCAGUCAAGGCACAAUAUAUUGACCUUCAAGAAAGGUUUCAUGGGGACAUCAGAACAGUUGAAUACCUCUUGGAUUUGAUAGCAUGGAUGCAUCCAAAUUUUGGCUUCAGAUGGGUCCUUGAGGUGAGAAGUGCCAUUUCUUGUGUCUUUCUGUAUUCUUUAUAUUUUAUUAAAAUAUUUUAUUCAUGGCCAAUCACCCAGGAUAUGAAAGAGACAUUGGCUGAAGAAUUGGAUUUUCUUCAUGAGGGAAAAAAUGCUGAGAGAUGCCAGAAGGAACUGUUAAAGUUUCCCUUCCUUGUUGUGCCACAAGUACAUUGGGAGCUGUGUUCCAAGAGAAUUCUCACAGCAGAUUACAUUCAUGGAGUUCCAAUUGGAGACAAAAAUAUGUUAUUGAAAGAGGGCUUCUCCUUGACUGACAUUGAUACAAAACUCAUCAAGGUGUUUUCAGAACAAAUUUUCCACACUGGCUUUGUUCAUGCAGACCCUCACCCAGGAAAUAAUCAUGAACUCUUCUGUGAAAUCCUUCUUCAGCGCCCCUUGAGGUACACUUGGAACCUACGGAUCCCAACCCAUUUGACAGAGGAGGACAUCAGACACAUGAAAGAAAUGGCAGCUGAAAGAUUUGAUAUGAUAAUGGAUGUCCUUAGAUCUAUUCCCAAAGAAAUGCUGCUGGUAAUCCGUAAUUUGAAUACAGUCAGGGGGAUACUCAAAGAUCACAAUUCCUCUGUGGAUCGUUAUGUCCUCAUGGCCCAGAGUGCAUCACGAGGAUCUUUCUCUGUUGGUGGGAAGAAGUCACUUGUUGCAUCUUGUCAAUCACUGUGGGCCUAUCUCCACUUUGAGGUGACUCUCAGGUAUCAGGCUUACAUGCAAAUAGUGCAUAUGUGGGUCUUGAGGCUUUACCUGAAGUUGCUUCAGGUGAUGGCGAGAAGUCCAAUAGAGACACAAUGGAUCAUGGAGCAAUUUUCAUGAAUUUUUUUUCCAUAAUCUCUGUAGUGCUAUUAAAAGUUCUAUAAAUAUUUUUUGCUUUCAUAUUGAAUAAAAUGUACUCCUAUUUUUUUUUAA